GCCCCUAUCGAUGCAGCCACCUGGAGGGCACACACAGUACCACGGUAGAGCCCAUUUCGUCCACACACCUAAGCGCGCAAAGGUCUGUCUGACCACGGAGUUGCGCUGUUGUUUGUUCUCUUCUUUCUUUCCCCUCUUUGCAGCAGCAGCAGCAGUAGCAGCAAGUGCAGAGUGGCAUUUAUUUGGUGACGUUAUCAUCGCGGUGCUCCACAUAGGGGUAGCGUCGGUACGGAAAAAAGACUCAAUCAGCUCAUUCAAUCUCUUAACGAGAGUGCAGUGGAAACGUGUGUGCUCAGAGGAAUUACAAAAAAGCAAAGGGUGGAGAACUCCGCCACUUGUGGUGUGUAUGUGUGAGAGAGUGUGUGGUGUAAGCUUCCGCAAACGAAGUGUGUUGAGUUGGGAGUGUGGGUGCGCGGAAAAGCGGCAAUGUUGAAGAGUGGUGGUUUUUAGUAAAACCCUCAUCCAACCAACUCCAAACCAAAACCGGAAGAAACUCGCGCUCGCGCAAGACGAUCACAGUCCGUGCCCGAUCUCACACCGCAUUUCAAUGAGAGCGGAAACGGUAGCUCCAUAAAGCGGAAACAAUGUCGUCGGAUAGGAUACAUCGUGCUGCCAAGGACGGCCUGCUAGAUGUGCUGCGCGAAGCGACCCGCUCGGAAGCGAACGCGAAGGAUGUGGACGGCAUGACGCCGGUACUGUGGGCCGCCUUCGAAGGACAUUUCGAUGCGCUUAAGCUACUAGUCGCCCGCGGCGGCGACCCGGACAAGGCGGACCAGUUCGGCAAUACGGCACUGCACCUGGCCGCGGCCAAGGGUCACAUGCAGUGCGUCGACUUCCUAGUACAGUUCGGCGUCAAUCUGUACGCGCUCGAUAUCGAUCACCACAGUGCGCAGGAUCUGGCCGCGAUCAACAACCGGGACAAGAUUUUACGCUAUCUGGAUGCGGCCGCCGCCACCCUGGAAGCUACCGACAGGAAAAAAGCACACGAGUACCGGGAGCAGGCGAAGAAGAAGAGCGAAAAACGGGCCCGCGAGUUUGCCAGCCGGCAGCAGAAGCUCGACCGGGAGCAGGACACUACGAUAAGGAUACGCCCGCACCGACCAUCGAACAUGCUGCAGGCGCUAAAGCACAAGCUGUGGUCGGGCAGUCAGGGCAAUCUGGCGCAGGGUCAGCCGCGGAUAGUGAACGACUCGCCGGGGCUGCAGCAGCCAUCGCAGCCACCGCCGCCAGUGUCGACCACCAAGUUUAGCGCCCUGGUCGGCGGGACGGUACUGCGGGGUGGUGGGGCGGUGAAAAAGCGAGCCGACGCUAUGAAGAUUCGCCAGCAGAUGGAAAAUGGAGAUUUCAAAAUAGGAGAAAUGGAAGCGAACGGAAAACGAAGUGUCCGUUCGAUUCAGGGGCUGCGGCGGGAUUCAGAGGUCCUGUACGUUGGGACGUACAGCUCGAACGAUGAUUCGAACGCAUCGGAACGGCGUGGCAAGCUGAAGGACGUGUUCGACGUGGAACCGUCCCCGCACAAUGGGCGUGAAAAUGACGACGCCGACGAGGACAGUGGCAGUGGGGCGAGCGGAAAGUUUGGCACUAUGUCGCGGUCGAUCAGUCAACCGGAUUUUCUCGCCAGUGCCGCUGCCGCCGCCAGCAACGACGAUGGCGUGACGGAGGAUGUGCUACUGCAGCGGCCGUCCGGACUGUUUAGCAGGCCCUCAUUUGGCAAUUUGGCGUUUCCAAGAUCCGUUUCGAACGUCCUUGCCCAGCUGGGCAGCGAGCAAACGUCCAGCGCAUCAUCCGACGGUUCGGUCAAGGCGAAACCUGCCUCGAAGGGAGCGAUCAAACCCCGAUCCCAGCUGGUCAUUUCCGACUCGGACUCGGAGGUGGAAAGCUCCGACAACGAGGAGAACGAUUCGCUCGCUAUACUGCGCUUCCUGGCCGCGUUCAAGCUGGAGGAUUACUAUCCAAUCUUUCAAAAGAACGAAAUCGAUAUGGAAACGCUGAUGAUGCUUACGGAGACGGAUGUAAAAUCGCUGGGUCUGCCGCUCGGACCGUACCGGCGCCUCUGCAACGCGAUCCAGGAGCGCAGGGAAGCGCUGGCCACCCCAGGCACUAUCAGUGAUAGCCGUUUGUAGUAGACCCAGAUCGUGGGGGACGGGCGGACGGAUCCCCCACCCGUUCAAUUACUGGGGUCUGUAAAGUGUACAGCAACAUUUAAGCUACAUUUUAAUGCAGUGUACUAAGCAUACAUGUUACAUGGUUUAUGCUGAUGGAAGUAAAUUAUUUGGAAUUUUACGAAAAAUAA